UCUUCCCUUCGGUAGCAACACCUUCCUCGGUCCUGCGCGGAGAAACCACUCACCCUCUCCCGUCGCGAUGUUGCACCUUCGCCUUGUUGUAUUUGUGGCUGUGUGCCUCGCUCACCAGUACGCAUGCUGUGACCCGAGCCCGAAGCCUGGGACUUGCCCGUCGCCUCCGAGGUGCACCGACUUCUUUGACGGCAACGUUCCUUCUUGCUCCGUCGACAGCGACUGUCCCCGGGAAGAGAAGUGUUGCGAGGACGCUUGCAAUCCAGGGAAGAUCUGCACAUCAUUCUACGGUUUGGGACACUAGUUUUGUUGCAGUUUUGGUUGCACUGGACUAUAACAAUAAAGUAUAUUGAAACAUAA